AUGUCUCCACAGAACAAUCAGCGUGACUGCUCGGCCUCUAAAAGGCCAACAGAGGAUGCGAAGCAGAGGUCUACGAGAUCAAAGCGAAGCCGAUAUGUGAACAAAGCUUGCACAGAGUGCAAACGCCGCAAGCUUAAGUGCGACGGGGAGGAACCUUGUGAGCGCUGCAUGUUACAGGGGUCGGAGUGCGUCUACGCCAUCGCUUCAUCUCACCAAGUGCCAGACUGGAAGCAAGUCCUGCCCUUCUUCCAGUAUAUGAGAGAUAAUCUGGAGCAGGUCAUGAAGAAGCUGACGCCGACCAACGCUUCUGAUGUCGAACUCCUCAGGACUGCUCCACCUUCGACACAGGUUACAAUGGUGCCGUACCCUACCGUUGUCCCAGACAGCUCAGGACGUGAACGGGCGGGGGAAACACAUUCAGCGGAUUCUUCGCCUUGCCGAGGCCCUACAAGCUCAGGAUUUGCCUUUGAGGUGGCGCGGCAACGACUGCAGACUCUAGGCUUGGACUCGGUCGAGACUGAACCAUUAUCAAGAAGAGACGAACUGAGUUUUGCCUCAGUCUCUGCCUUUCGGAUCCUCGAUCUGGGCAAUAUUCGAUCCCUUCUCGAAAAAGACCCUUUGUGGCAUAUGAGCCAGGAAGAGGUCUUCAGACUUAUCGCCUCCUGGAGCAACACUAUCGGAAGACUGUUUCCAGUAGUUAAUACCGAAACGCUACAGGCUCGAUGGAUAUCUCUCGAUAAAUUAAUGACACGUGCGAGGACAUCUGUGGCCAAACAGGACUGCCUGAGCGUAGUUGAUGCACUUUUUGAUGGCGAAACCCACCUUCUGAAAUUGGUGCUCGCUAAUAGCCUCACAGCGGGAAGUGGUGGUGUGAAUGAAACCGCUAAGCGUCUCUUCGAGAGCACUGGCUCUGCUGCUCAAGCUGCGUUUACGGAGACACCAUCGCUUGGAAACAUCAACAUGCUCGUUCUUUUAUACUCCUUGACGCUGUACUGCAAUUCUGACCGGUCAAUUCCUACAGUAAUCUCCCUUGCUGUUCGUCUUUGCUUUGAGAUGGGUUUGCACCGCACAGAGACAUUCCAGCACAUAAAAGAGCAAAACGAUCGUGUUACUGCCAUCACAACCUUUUGGUCGGUCUACGUUCUCGAAAGAAGGUCAAGCAUUGGCCUAGGAGUACCCUUCAUUAUGCAAGACUCGGAAAUCGAGCCUUCUGUCCCUCGUCCAUCACAAUACCCUUACCUCGAAGCCAUGGUGGGGCUCACGAGGCUUUCUGCUGAAAUAAGUCGUCGGAUGAGCAUGUUACGGGACCGCAGCAUGACGUUCCCUGUAGAAGAGGUGGACUACCAAGACUACAAGGUACUGCAAUGGCAAAAACAACUAUCUCCUGAUCUGACCCUAGACGUCGGCAACCUCCAAAUGAAUCAGCAAACUCAACUUGAGCUGUCCAAUGUCCCGGCCAUGUAUGUGGCUAUUGUGCUCCAUAUCCGAACACAACAACUACGGAGCCUGAUAUACCGCCCCGUACUUUAUUCUGCGGCCAGGAUCGCAGACAACAAAAAGCACUCACAACUUGCGGUUGAUAUCGCUCGGGAGUCGGUCCAAUUUCUUGCUCUAGCGAGCCGAACCACGACUCUCGCUCAGGAUGAGCCGUUAUUCUUCAGAGACUUCCUGAUUUCUCAUCUCGCUGGCAUCCUACUUGCCGUAAGCAAUGCGCCCGCGGUCUUUGGCCAUCAGCUUUGCGAUGAGUUCUAUCUCGUUAUGGAUGUGCUCCGCAACUUGAGCCCAAGAUCACCAGUCAUAGCCCGAGUAUGGAGCUCCAUUAGGAUCUUGGAGAUUGUUGGUCCCAAACUUGGUCUUCGUCGAGAAACACGAAACAUGGAGGGUCAAAACGUCGAAGAUGUAUAUCUGCAACAUUCACAAGUGGCCGGAGGACUGGCUUGCGCAGAGAAUGAGCCUGUUAUGCCAAUGUCGUCGAUAAGGUCUCAAAUGCAGCCAACUCACGACCAGACAAUCUUUGAGUCGAAGGAUUUUGCAUUUUCCACGUCCAUGUUUCCAUCACUGCUCAGGAGCGAGCUUUCGAUGAUGGACGAACCGCUUGACGAUGUCACAGCAAAUCUGUUAGGCUACAGCCUUCCCGAUGAUCUGCAUGAUACUACCAGCUGGCAAUGGUAG